AUGAACAAUCAACAGGGCAGCCAGGACCCCCGCAUCCCCCACGGGGCCCCGUCCGCCCACGCACCCUUCCACCCAUCUCCGCUCCAAGCCGUCCAUACCAACUUGGAUGCGUCCGCAGGCAAUGCCAGCAAUAGCCAUCUCCCCGCGCCGUCGACCAUCCCUCCCUCGACCUCGACCAUAGCUGACGCCAACAUCACCCUCCUCCGCCAGCGCCUCGCAGCAGCCACGGCCGAGUACCAGAUCCUCGCGCUCAACUCGCCAGACAAGCUCCGCGCCUAUGCCAAGGUCCUCAAGGCCAAGCUCGCCCUGACAGACGCCGAGCACGCAAAAACACUCAGCGACCUCAAGAUCGAAAACCAAGACCUGGACUUCGAGCUCCAACUCGCGCUGCACGUCACCCCAGCGAACAUGCGCAAACUCGUCCAACGCCUCGCGGAAGUUACACGCGAGCGGAACCGACUGGCAAGGGAACUGGCCUUUUCCGAGUAUGCGCAGCCUCUGCCCCCGAACGCCAUGAUCACGAACCUGCGUCGGCAAAUCGAGGAGCUGACCGAAAGGCUGGACGACGCGCUGUUCAUGCACGAUAUGAAUCGUAGCUUCUACGCCCUGCGGAAUCGAGAGGCGACCAUGGCGCGCCGCGCCUACCUGGCUCAGAUCGCGCGCUUCAGGGAGAUCGCGGCCUUGCCUGUGGCUGCGGGGUGGGAGGCCUUUGGAGCCCAGAUCCGGUACCUGGAUUCGAUCAAGGGGCAGGGUGUUGGGCUGGAGAUCGCGGAGGAGGAGUUGGAUGCGCAGCGGCGUGUUCAGGAGGAGGGGAUCGUGCAGCGUCUUUUGAUGGAUAGAGCCCGGGGGCAGGGAGGGAUUUAG